CAGGGCUUCUUUUUCUCUUUCUGAUAUGUGGCUGGCGCGAAAGAAGUAGCUCUGGGACUGGCCGGUCAAAAUACCCACCUAUAGUGGGUAUUUUUGAAAGAGCCGUUUGUCUUGCUUGUCCAGAUUUUACGGAAGGGAUAUAGGAAGGUAACUGAGCAUAAAAACAAGCAUAUGGCGAGUAAAAAUUUAGUUAGCUGGCUAACAAGAUGGAAAAUAUAAUACAACUUUUUUCCAAACUUCGACUUGCUCUAGAGAAAGGUUUUGACCCAAAUUUUGUGUUAAAGCCCAAACAAAUCAUUUGCUUUAAACAACUAAUUAACUAAUUAAACGAUACUCUUGCGGUUUUGCCUACUGGAUAUGGGAAAUCCAUUUUGUACCAGUUACUUCCUUUUGUAAUGCCUUUACAGAAGAAAAGAAACAUAGUGAUUGUUGUUAGCCCUCUCAACGCUAUCAUUGAGGAUCAACAAAAAAUUUUGAGCCAAAGAGGUGUAGAAGUUGCUACACUUACUUAUGAAAUGGAAGAAUGUACAGAAGAUCUUUUUGCACAUUUGAAUACGGAAGAUCCUGUCGAACCAAAUUUCAAAGUUUCACAUGAAAUAAAAAAUGGAGAUAUUGAUUUUUUAUUUGGACAUCCAGAAGCAUUUUUGUCACACACAGGAAGAAAUUUACUAAAAUCAAAAAUUUAUCAGGAUAAUGUUGUUGCAUGUGUAGUAGACGAGGCACAUUGUGUGGAAUUGUGGGGACUGGAAUUUAGAAAAAGCUUUCAAGAUUUGGUUGUCUUAAACACCAUCUUUCAAGAUCGCCCUAUGCUUGCAUUAACCACAACUGCGGGAGAUAAAAUGAUUUCCAAAAUUAUAAAAGACUUAUCUCUACAGAACUGCAAAAUUGUAAAAGCCUCACCAAAUCGUAGAAAUGUGUUUCUAAGUGUAAAAAAACGACUUCCAAACAACUAUGGUGUAAAAAGUUAUGAACAAAUUCUAUUACCAAUAGCAACAAAAUUAAACGAAACAAGACAAGAUUACCCUAUCACAAUUAUAUAUAUGGGUUUAAAAUAUUGUGGAUAUGCAUAUAAACUUUUUGACAUGGUUAUUGAAAAUCCCUUCUGUGAAAACGAGAUAACUCCAAGAGCUAAAUUGUAUGCUCAAUUUCAUGCAUCAACCACUUCGUGUAUGAAAGAAGAUAGUUUGGAAGAAUUGAAAUCCUUAAACUCUCGAAUAAGGGUAGUAUUUGCAACCACUGCUUUUGGUAUGGGUGUUAAUGUACCUCAGGUUACUAACAUUAUUCAUAUUUCUCCCCCAUCAAAACUGGAAAGUUACAUACAAGAAAUUGGACGUGCAGGUAGAAAUGGUGCACAAUCAAAUGCCAUAUUUUUUAAAUGCGAAACACAAGACAAUUGUUGUGAAAACUGUAAUCCUACGACAACUGAAGAUUUUUCUCCUGUUCAUCAUAUACAAAUGUCAGAUAUUGAUAGAGAAUCAAUACGUUUAGAGCUAGAAAUGAUUAAUGUUGAAAAGGAAGAAGACUCUCAUUUAUUAACAUUUGAGUUUAAUUUGACACAUGAUGUUAUUGGAAAAAUUUCCAACAAUUUUCAUUUAAUAACUUGUGAACGUGAUUUAUUGCAUAAAUUUGAUGUUUGGGAUGAAAGGUAUUCGACAAAAGUUUUUGAUGUCAUCAGAAAAUAUUUGAAUCUAUAA